CUCCUCCUCUUUCCGGCGCGGUGAGGGAGCAGGGACGCCGGGCCCCCCCGGGGAUCAUGGCGGGGUGUGGGUCGCAGCUCUCCGCCUGCCUCUUCGAGUAUGACACCCCCCGCAUCGUGCUCAUCCGCAGCCGCAAAGUGGGGCUUAUGAACCGUGCCGUGCAGCUCCUCAUCCUCGCCUACGUCAUCGGAUGGGUGUUUCUGUGGGAAAAAGGCUACCAGGAAACGGAUUCAGUGGUCAGUUCUGUAACUACGAAGGUGAAAGGUGUCACCAGGACAAACUCUUCCAAUUUGGGGGUCAGGAUUUGGGAUGUGGCAGACUACGUGGUGCCAGCCCAGCACGACAAUGCACCAUUCAUCAUGACCAACAUGAUCAUUACCUUGAAUCAAAAGCAGGGAAACUGUCCUGAGCUUCCCGAUAAGAACACUGUGUGUGAGUCCUCUGCAGACUGUAUUGCUGACUCUGUGAGCACUCACAGCAAUGGAAUCGCAACUGGGAACUGUGUCCCAUACAGUGAUACUGUGAAAACCUGUGAAGUAACUGCUUGGUGUCCAGUGGAGAAUGAUACUCAUGUACCCUCACCUGCCUUUCUAAAGGGCGCUGAGAACUUCACCCUUUUGGUAAAGAACAACAUCUGGUAUCCCAAGUUUAACUUCACCAAGAGGAAUAUCCUUCCCAGUGUCAACAGCAGCUACCUCAAGUCAUGCAUCUAUAACAGUGAAACUGAUCCCAUCUGCCCCAUUUUCCGCCUUGGCUCAAUAGUUAAAAGUGCAGGACAUAAUUUCCAGGAGAUGGCAAUAGAAGGUGGCAUCAUGGGCAUCCAGAUAAACUGGGACUGCAAUUUGGACCGCUCUGCCUCCCACUGCGUGCCCAAGUACUCCUUCCGCCGCCUCGACACUCGUGACUCAGACCACAACGUCUCUCCUGGCUACAACUUCAGGUUUGCCAGAUACUACAAGGACAAGAAUGGCACAGACGUGCGGACGCUCAUCAAAGCCUUUGGCAUUCGCUUUGACAUCAUUGUGUUUGGAAAGGCAGGAAAAUUUGACAUCAUCCCCACCAUGAUCAACAUUGGCUCUGGCUUGGCCCUGUUUGGUGUGGCUACAGUCCUGUGUGACAUCAUUGUCCUGUACUGCAUGAAGAAGAAAUUCUACUACCGAGAGAAAAAAUACAAAUACGUGGAGGACUAUGAACUGGGACCCAGUGACACAUAUGGAACUGAGCAAUGAGCCGCCUGCUCCUGAAGUUCCCCCCGUCGUUGUCCCCCCCGGCCCCAUCACUCCAAGCACAGCCUGUCUGCUCCAGAUCAAUCCGAUGAGGAAGAAGCAGCUAGGCCCUAUUCGUGUGGGUGAGGUGGCCGCUCCAAAGAGGCCAGAAGCCGGGCACUGCAUACCUGAGCCUUUAGGGUGCCAUCUUCCAUCCUCUGAGACACUUCAGCCCUGCAGGCUGGGCUGCUUUCUGUUUGCCAGAAAGUAAGGUGAAGGGUUAAGACUCCUUCAAUGAUCAGACUUAAUUUAAGAGUUCUAGCAUUACUACACUCUUGGGGGGUGGGGGGGAACUCAGCAGGCUGGCCUAGGUUCCACCCCUGGAGCAGAAAGUUCAAUCUGGGCAUUGGGCUGCUCUCCUCCCCAGAUAGGCUCUGAGUUCUACUGUUCUGGACUAAGAGAUACCAAGUCCAUGUCUUAAUUUGUCCAUAAAAAUAUUUUAAAGCACUUUAGGAGAAAGGGGAGGGAGGGCUUGGGUAGAAUCUCUGCCAGCACCAGACUGGAAACCUGAAUUACUCCCCUUUUCUCCCAGACCUGACAACUCUCUUCGAUCCUACACUUCUAAUUUUCCUUUUAAGAUCUUGAUAAAGUUGGGAACCACAAAUUAAAACAAGUAUGAUUCACUGUG